CAGCACAGUCGCUAAAAUAUAAACAAUAGUUUAACAUUCAGGAUAUUCAGGAUAAGAGUUAAUGCGCAAGUCUUUAUAAAAAUCUUAGGAAACUUGUUUGAUAUAUUAUAGCAAUUAAAGUAAUAUUAAGUAAAAGCAGUUAUUAAUAGAAAAUGGGUAAUAAAUCGACAAGCCAUUCAUCUAUUUCGUAUCCGCAACAUGAUGAUCCGGCUUAUAAGAAAUGCCAGGAAUUAAAGAUGGAGCGUUGGAUACAAAUGCAUUAUCAAAUUAAAGAACGCGAACAGGCUAUGGAACUUGCACGCACUAGGGAGUUAUUCUUUUGGCUAAGUGGUUUCUACUUGACUUCAUUUUUUGUCACAGUUUCAUAUUAUCAACGCCUUAAGCGGCCAGUUGUUUUCCUGCCCAUGAUUCCACUUACAUUCUUAUGCGGCUAUUAUGCAGAUAUGGCUUACGGCAGUAAAUUGCAUCGCAUAAAAGCUGAAGCCAAUAUGAUAAUGGAACAUGAACCGGAACUAUUGCAUUGGCCAGGUGGUUUACCAACAGUAGCCAGUAUUGAUGAAGCACGAGUUGAAGCUGAAAUGGAAAAGAAAAUGCAUCCCCACCAUUCUUAAAUUUUUCGACAGCACAGCAAGGACAAAUUUUAAUUAGCAGCAAUAAUUACACAACGGUUUACAACAAUUUCAAUAGCAAAUAUUUAAAAAGAAAGAAAAUAUAAGUUAGAAAUAAGAGACAAUAUUUCCGUAGCAUUACGUAUAUACUGUGUUAAAGAGAACUUAACCUAUAAAUGAAAAUAACAAAAUAAUCUAUAUAUUCGCUCAAUAUAAAUAGACUUUUUCUGAUUAAGAUAAAUAUAAUUAUUAAAUUUCACUUAAAUAAAUAUUUAUUCACUAACGACUUUCAGGAUGAGUUUGCACAUAAUGUUUCUCAACCUGCCUUCUUAAUAACGAACAUUUUUCAUUGUUAAUAACUCUAAUAAGCUUUGCAAAAUUGUGUAACUAAAGUUUGUUUUAACAAAAAACCAACAAAGUAAAUGGAAUCAGAAAUAGUAGCACUUGAGCAUAAAAUAGAAAAACUGCUAUAUUUUAUUUAUACAUACGGUUUUAUUACCAAGCACUAAUAAAUAUCUUUUUUUUUUACAUUUUUUCUCGUUAAGGACGUAACAUUCUUAUAAGUCUGUCACAGCAAAUGAACAG